AUGCCCAGAACUGCAGGAUCGCUUCUCGUCCGCUUGGUUUGGAUACCGCUCAUAGGCCCAGCUCUACGCAGUACUGGAACCAAACGAAUAGUCCUUCUUGUUAUUGCGGUCACUUCUGCUUUCUCAGUCUUUCUCUGGUCGAGGACCCCUUCGCGCCCAUUUCGUCGAAUAGAAGUGCAGUGGGGACUCGGAGACUCUAUUCCAUCUUCCGUACAAGUCGACUUGACGAGCUUUUUCAACGCAAAAGCGGCAUCUACGGGGCUGGACGACGCAAGAGCAGAUUUUGAUGGGACUGGCAGCGCAUUCCCACAGCAUGAACUGCCAUCUGAGUCGGCACUCACAUACAGAGGGAUACCAUUUCAACUCCCACCGUUCUAUCACCCGUCGAGGUUCGACACAAUCCGGUCCGCUUCCCAAAUCAUCCCGGUCGCACGACAUGUGAGGUAUCAAAGCCUACACGCCUUGGGCGCCGCCGUUUGGCCUGCGUCGUCAUUCUCCCAACCAGUCACCGGCAACAUCUCGCUAAUGUUCGAUGAUGGAAGUGUACACCUUUCCAGCAUUACUUUUGGCCCAUGGUACGCGAGUGAGUUCUUUACCGGGGUCAUGAAUGGGGCCAUUCACACCCCAUGGCACUAUGGGCCGUCGACUGAGAAUCAUGCGAUAAAUCGCAACAUCACCCAGAUACACUACUCUGAGGCUUAUGUACCGAGCGCGGUCCCGCUCGUCGCGAUACAACUCCCUCCCAAGGAUAUACUGAUCAACUGGUUUUCUAUCACGCUUCGUCCAAUUGGCUAUGACGUAGGUCCUAGGCCUCGCCCAGAACUUCCCACCUACCCCGUGUUAGGUAUUCAGAGCGUCCACUCGACCACCAAGUGGUUUGACACGGGCCUCUGCCAAAGCUCAAGUCGGAUCCAGCAGAUCGAGGUUCGGCUUGACAACCUGGCGCCACUUGGGUCACCCACUUCAGCGUGGCUCACGUCUGCACAUACGGUAACUUUGAACUCUUCUUCAUUACUCACGGUCGUUCCAGGGAUUGUAUAUCGUUUACGCUCGAACGAUCAAGUAUCGGUUCUUGUCGGCGUAUGCAACGCUGAGGGCGUUAGGCCAGGUAGUCCUGCGCAGAUAUCUGUCAUCGUGAAGGAUGUCGCCGGAAAUCCUGUGCAUACAAGUGAUCAGUGGCUUGUCACCGCCGGCAUCCCAGGUUGGACCAUGGGGGAUGCAAGCCUGGAUACCCACGAAGCGCCUGAAUGGUUCGACGACGCAAAAUUUGGCAUCCUCGUACAUUGGGGCAUAUACUCUGUUCCUGCUUGGGCACCUGUCGGAGAACAAUAUGCUGAGUGGUAUAAUUGGCAACUGCACGAACAUGACGGAACAAAUUCACCAACAUGGGAACACCAUCGCACGGUUUAUGGCCUAGACGUCGUAUAUGACGAUUUCAUCGCAGACUUCCUUACAUCGUCUUGGAAUCCCGACAAAUGGGUAGACUUGUUCUCCGAUGCCGGUGCAAAAUAUUUCGUCUUCACUGCGAAACACCACGAUGGUUUCUCCCUGUUCGAAGACCCUAGUCUUUCCCUCCGAAAUUCUGUGGACAUGGGUCCCAGACAUGACAUCCUCGAGGAACUAUUCGCCAGUGCUAGAGCUCGGCAUCCUGAUCUUCGUCGUGGAGCAUACUUCAGCCUGCCAGAGUGGUUCAACCCCGACUAUGCGCCUUACAGCCAUAGCAGCUUUCCAGGACGCCCAGCUCAUUACAUGCGCAACGAUUCAUGCUGCGAACCAUACGCGGGAUACGUCCCUGUUCAGGACUUUAUACAAGAUGUGCAGAAAAUUCAGAUGGAAGCACUCUUGUUCAACUAUGACACCGAUAUUCUUUGGUGCGAUGCUGGCGGAGCAAGCGCGUAUCCUCAAAUUGCUGCAAACUGGUACAACUAUGCCGCAUCACAAAAUCGCCAAGUGACGCAGAACAACCGCUGUGGAGCGAACCAAACUGAUUUCGUGUCCAUUGACUACUCGAAGUCGGGCGGACGUCUACCACAGAAGUGGGAAAGUGCCGCUGGCGUUGACCCUCAUAGCUUUGGGUUCAAUUCAGCCACUCCUGUGCACCUUUAUCAAAAUGCAUCCAGUCUUAUACCAGAACUCGUCGACAUCGUUUCCAAAGGAGGGAAUUUCUUGGUUAAUGUCGUGAGUCUCUUCCGUAUCAGCCGUUCAAAGGUGUGUUACCAAUCACCAAUACAGGGCCCGAAAGCGGACGGGACAAUCGUGCCAGCCCAACAAGAGCCUCUCAUCGAGAUGGGUCGCUGGCUCCGCUCCUCAGGCGAGGCUAUCUACGGCACAAGGCCUUGGUGGAUUCAAUCUGGCGAUGACACGUUUACCGCAGUACGGUUCACCACUAAGCCCGAUGCGUUCUACAUCAUAUCCAUUGUGCGGCCUGUGGACGGUGUGCUCCGGACUGUGGCUCCUGUUCCAAUAGUUGAGGGAGAUGUUGUGACGCUUCUUGGAGGUUCGGGCCAGCACCUAGCGUGGUCGUCUGACGAUGUGGGCGUUUUCUGUGUAGAAGUAAGUGAGCAAGAGUUGGAUCGCUCACAGUACGCUUGGGCAUUCAAGAUUUCUUAUUAA